CGCCAACAUGUAAAUGGUUCCGCUGACAAACCGCUCGAUGAUAAAUGGCCUGAAUUUUGCUACCACAAAAAAUACAAACAAAGCUUAUAUUGCGUGCAGUCGUAAGCUGUGGUAGAUGAUCCUGGCCAAACAAGAUGUUUCAAGAUACAUCUGAAUAUAUCUAUGUUCAGAAUGAUACCACAUCGACAGGUAUGAUCACACAUGGUGGAAUACAUUCUACGCCUAAUUCACAGACUGCUGAAAGUGAGGCUUCGUUUGAUAGUGGAUACCUAUCUCCAGCCACCUCGCAGAAAGCACCAGGUGGAUUUAUUCCACUGACAAAUGAUCAUGUUUUUAAUGGUACUGGUACCUUCACAUAUCAACCCACUCCACCCAAUCAAAAGGUGGCAUUCGAUGAUGAAUGGGAUAAGAAAUUCAUUGAGAAUUUUGAAGCUAAUUUAUUUGGAAUUGAUCCAAUGGAAGAUUUUUCAAGUGAAGAUAUUAAUCUUUUUAGUGAGUUGUUAUCAAGUCCAUUAAAGGGUGGUGUGAGCCCAGCAGGUUUGUUUCAUGGUCACAGUCCUGCCAAGUACUCGAGGAGUCCCUUAAGGAAUUUGUUCAGUCCACCCAGAUCACUGCAUUCUAAAGUGAGUUUAUUUACAGGCACAAAUUGGAAUACGAAUAAUGAUGCAGUGACAUUUUCCAGACCAGCAGAUCCAGUGCCAGUGACGAUCACACAUAAUGCUGUCUAUGAUGGCCUUGAUCAACACCGUUUUGUGGAUCAACGAUUAUCCACGCAUGAUUAUGCUAAACCACAUACCAUAUCUUAUUCUGGUCAAAGUAUCCAACAGAAUGCUAAUUACACACGAUCCGUGAAUCCUUUGUCAGAAUCAAUGAUGGCACCAAAUUCCUCAGAGGUUCUUCCAACUAUUGCAGGAAACAUGGUACCAGAGCUCUUACCCCCAAAGCAAAAGUUACAAUAUGUCCGUGCUAAAUUUAAACAGACUCUACAAAAAGCUGUUGAAAAUGCUGACAAUGCCGCCUUGAAUGAGGAAAAAUAUCCUCAGUUGACAAAAAGACUGUCCAAAUUGUCCUCUGCCGGACAAGUGUCGAGCAGAAAGGAAAGCGUUUCCAGUUGUAUGGACAGUUUACCUGAUGAAGAAAAAAGUUCUAGUCUAUCUGCCUUAGAUAUUGCUGAGACCCAGUUUAAUUCUGCCCCCAAACGCUUCAGAGAGCUUGCCCCUGCCCCAUCUGGUAAAAGAACUUUUGCUUGUAUAGUAAAUAACCAAUAUGAGGUGAAACAAAAGUCAGAUUGUAGAGUUGUGAUAAAGAAACGAAGAACAUAUUAAAGAUAACAAUUUGCUAUAUUUGCUUUCCCUUUGAAAAUUCUUGGAUUUGCAAUUUGUGUAGAAAAACAUGUCUUUUUUUUUUUUUUUACUUAAAUUACAAUCUCGAUCAUCAUCACAUACAUCGAAUAAAGUUAUAUGCAUGCUACAAACUUAAAUUGUAUAAAUUAAUGACAGUGAAAAAUAUCCACUGGCAUAUAAAACUGUUAUAAUUCAAAUGAUAUCAAAGUGAUGGAUUAAGUCAAUGCACGGAAGUCUGUUACAAACAAAAAACUUGUGUGUCUUGUGUAUUGUGAAUAAGGUUAUGAUAGACUGACAUGACAUCUCUUGGUGAGGGUUAACGGAGAUGAGAGAGCAGAAGAGAAGACAAAAAACAAUAUUUUGAUGUUGUGCUUUAAUUACUGGUAUAAUGAAUGUGAUCUUAAAAUGUCUGUGAUUUGAAUACGAUUCAAACAACUGGGUUGUAUAUUUAGAGGUUAAAUGUGGAUACAACAAUGUACAUCUAUACUGGGGGUAUAUGUGAAGGGAGUGGAAGCUUGAAUUAACAUUUGAAUUUCGGUUUUUCUUCUUAAUAUGUUUAUUAUUCCUUUUUGGUCUCUAAUGUAUUUGAACCACCGGAAGGAAAUCUUAUUUAAGAAAUAACAAAUUUGGCAGUGUUAGGAAUGUAAUAGAAACAAAAACAAGAACUUUACCAUGUACAUUUAUAACUGGUGAAUAUUAAAUUGGUUUUCAAAAGUUCUGCCAAAAGAAUAUUUCCAAAGCACAAAUUGAUGCUAACUUAUUUUUCAAUAAUUUCACCGAAAUCUAUGCUUUAUGGAAGUUCUAAAACUAUCAAAUAUGAACACAAGGUACAAUUUUAUGGACACACAAUUACUGAGUUUGAUACUAAGCGACGUUUCAAUAAUCCAUAAAAUUGUACCUUGUGUUAAUAUGUUCAAUUACUAAAUGCCAAUCAAAGAAGGUAUCAAAUAUGUUUUACAUUGUUAAAAAUUAUCUGAAAAUAGAAGUUAAACCAAUUAGAGCCCAAGAAAGUGGGGUGUAAAGACCCUGCAGGAUGACAAGAUAAUCAGAUGGAUUUUGAAAUGCUCCUCCUCCCUUCACUCAUACCUCCUGAUCUACAUGUAAUAAUACAUGUGUACAUGUAGGUUACUUUAGGACAAACAGGGAAAUUAUUCGCUUUCCUGGACAAGAUUGUUUAGUGUUUGUGAUAAAUCGAUUCAUAGAUAAAUUACAAGAAACAGUAAGAUGUUAGAUGUCAAUUCAUUUGAUGAAGAGUUUGAUUCCAAAAUAUGUCCAUAUUAAUGUCUGGUCUUCUUAUCCAAAAUACAGUUUCAUGGAACAUGUUAUGUGUGGCUUAGUGAAUAGAGAAUUUGUGAGAUAAAACAGUUAGAUGUUAAUUUGUUUGAUUCUAAAUUAUAACAUAAUUAAUCUGGCUUUUAUCCUGCAAAAAAUACACUUUCAUGGAAUAUGAUAGGUGUGGUUUAUUGUAUAGUGAAUUUGAUUUGUUAAUUUAUCAGUUUCAAACAAAUAAAUGUUUAA